UCUGUGGGAGGAGGAACGUCAGGAGGUGUGUUCUUCUCUUCUCCUGUUCUCCUCUCUGGUUUCCUGAUUCACGGAAAUGAGCUGAAAGCUGCGACACCGACAGACGCAGGAAGAACCGGAGGACCGAAGAACCGGAGGACCGGAGCCGAUCAGCGACCGACGGAUCAUCAACAAGCUCCUGGAGAAACGCGAGGAUCGAUCAGCGGCAGCAGCUCAAAGGCAUGAGGUCCUGAGAGAAGAGCGGACCUGAAGGAAGACAGGAAGCGACAUGGCCCACGUAGGCAACGGAGCGACGGCGGAGGAGGAGGAGGACUGUUUUGAAGAUGCCUUCGACCAGAUACCAGCCUCCUGCAGCAUGGACCUCCAGACCUCCAUCCAGGAGGCCCAGUGUGCUCUGAACCUGGUUCUCAACAACAAGUUCUCUGAAGCUCUGGACCUCCUCAAACCCUGGCGGACGGACAGCAUGUACCACGCUCUCUUCUACAGCGGCAUCCUGGUGAUGCAGGCCACCAUGACCUUCGAGCACAGCGACAUCCAGGUCGCCAUGGCAACCAUCAAGGAGGCUCUCCACACCUGUCAGAGGUUCAGGAAGAGGAACUCGAUGGUCGGAUCUCUGUCCAGUCUGAUCAGCAAACAGUCCAAACUGCAGGAAGAGGAGAUGCACGCGGAUCUCUGCUACGCCGAGUGUCUGCUGCAGAAAGCCAUGCUCACCUUCAUACAGGAUGAGAGCAUGAUCAGUUUCAUCAAAGGAGGCAUCAAGAUUCGAACCAGCUACCAGAUCUACAAGGACUGUCAGAAUGUGCUGAACGUCACCCAGGACCUGGCCGGCCAGCCUGAUUCGUUCAAGCACUUUGAGUGUGGAGUCAAGAUGGGGAUCGGCUCCUUCAACCUGAUGUUGUCUCUGCUCCCUCAGAGGAUUCUGAGGCUCUUGGAGUUUAUCGGAUUCUCAGGAAACAGGGGCUUCGGUUUGGCUCAGCUCAACGACGGAGCUUCCAGCCACAGUUUGAAGUCCAUCCUUUGCGUUCUGACGCUGCUCUUCUACCACACCUAUGUUUCUCUGGUCCUUGGAACCGGAGAAGGAAACGUGGUGGAGGCCGAAGCUCUGCUGGAACCAUACAAACACAAAUACCCCAAAGGCUCCAUAAUCCUGUUCUACUCGGCUCGAAUCACUGCUCUGAAAGGAAACUUUGAGAAGGCCCGGGCUCGCUAUGAAGAGUGCAUCAGCAGCCAGCAGGAGUGGAAGCAGAUCCACCAUCUGUGUUACUGGGAGCUGAUGUGGACUCAUUCGUACCAGCAGGACUGGAAGCAGGCGUUCCACUACGCCGACCUGCUGUGCAGAGAGAGCCGCUGGUCCAAGGCGAUCUACGUUUACCAGAAGGCGGCCAUCUUGAGCAUGAUGUCAGAGGACGAGGCGAAGAAGACGGGAGAAGACGUGGUGGAGCUUUUCAGGCAGGUUGAAGGUCUGAAACAGCGUCUGGCAGGAAAAUCCAUCCCAAUGGAGAAGUUUGCUGUGAGGAAGUCAAGACGCUACAAAGCUGCUAACCCCGUCCUGCUGGUCAUCCCUGCUCUGGAGAUGAUGUACGUCUGGAACCUCUUCACCAUAGUCGGGAAACGAGCCGACUGCACCGAGGCGCUGCUGGUUACCAUAGAAAAGGCCGAGGAGCAGAUUCGCAAUGACCCCAACCCGUCAGAGUUCCAUCCAGACAGCAGCUGUCUGGUCCAGAUGUUGAAGGGUCUCUGUCUGAAACAUCUGGGGAGGUUACUGCAGGCCGAGCUCUGCUUCACACAGGUCCUGUCCAGUGAGAGUCGUAUCCGGUACGAUCACUACCUGAUUCCUUUCACUCUCUAUGAACUGGGGCUGCUCUAUAAACAACAGGGAGAUUUCUCCAAGGCCACCGCCUACAUCGAAAACGCCAAGACCAACUAUAAGGACUACUCCAUGGAGUCUCGGCUGCACUUCAGGAUCCACGCGGCGCUCAACAGCCUCAAAGGUUCACCUGUCGGGACGCCGUAACCCGGAGACCAUGAAGGAGCUCAGGUGUGUCGGCGGUGUCCAGAUCGCCCGUCCGCCUGCUUUUCUCUCCAAACUUUUGUUUGUUUGUUUUUUUAAACUUUAUUUAUUUUCUUCAGCCAAGUCAAUGAGAUUCCAGAUUAACUUGCACUCCUCAGACAGGCCUCCCAUCGACGUCUGCUGACCGAACCGAGGUUUCACCGACAGACGCAGAGCCACGGUUCAGCCAGCACCAGGUUUUUGGUUCAAGACGUAAACACACGAGGCGUUUUAUUGUGAAGGGCUCGUUCACUCAGGGACGCACACAAUCACUUUCUGCACAUUUUUGACACAAAACUGCAUGAAUAAUCCGACAGUUUCUGCAGAUCACGAUACUGAUGAACCUUCUGGGAACAAAUGGGUCUUUUCUGUGUGAACGGGCCCUAAAAUCAAACCUUUAUUGUGAAAAGCUAACAAAUCAUGGCCUUACACUAAAGUCAUCUUAACGGUUUGUGUACAUGUGUGGGAAAGAAUCGUAAAUACUGACAGAUUUCAGGGUGCAGGAUGAAGCAGCAGGGAAACAUGAUGUCUAGAAAUUCAAACCUAUGCUUUAAACCUUCUUUAUUUUGCCUUUUUCUUGAUUUCUAAAUGAAGCAUCGCAGCCUUCUCUCUCACCGACCGUGGCUUAAACAAACACAACACACUCAUUCCGGGCUCGCACAUGCUGCCGCCAUAUGCACAGAUUAAAACGGCUGAAAACGCACAUUUCGCAGCAAUAGGAAAGGAUUUGUGCUGUCGAUUCUCGGUCAUCGUGUCGGUCUGUGAGUUUCUACGUUUAGCGUCCUGCAGGUUUAACUCUGAUGUUUCUCAGACGCACAGUAGCUCUGGAGGUUGAAAACACCUUUUUAAAUGUCGCUGCUGUAGAAUUCGAAGGCUUUCUUUCAGAUUCCAGACAAAGUUGUGGCUAAUUUACAGCAAAGACUUCUGCUCCGUCAACAUUCUUGCUGCUAGCGCUGCGCCCUCUGAAGGCUAAAGGUGCAGCUACCACAUGGACAGAUCGCUUUUAAAUCCCUAGACGCCGAUCCUCAUAGAAAAACUCCCCAAAAUACACUUAACAAACCAACAACUACAAAGCACAAUUGAAAAUCAACAGACCAAAAUUAGCCACAAGUUUCACACAAACCUCAUUUGCAUACAAAAAUAUGACUUGUGCUGAAAAUGUGCAGCAGAUUUAGCUCUGACUGUUUGCCAGAAAUCUGGAAAAACUACAAGUAAUAACUUUAUUGACAGAAAGGCUGUUUAUGGCAACCAUAGACUGAUUGACUGUUCAACACUAAACUAGGCCAGUGAACACAUUUAAAGCAGUCUUCCCACUGGUUUGACGGCUUAACACUCGUUGGGAAGCUACUGUAUGUGAUGAGCUAAGCGCUAACUCUAGUGGACACCAUGACAAAGACCAAUGUGGGAGUUUAGCUAGCAAUGAGCACCAUGAAAAAUACUAAUAAGGGAGUUUAACUAGUAAAGGGACACCAUGACAAAGCCUUUUGUAGGAGUUUAGCUAGCAAUGGGCACCAAUCAAUCAAUCAAUCAAUCAAUCAAAUUUUAUUUAUAAAGCGCCUUCCAACAGCCAAAAGGAGCACAAGGCGCUUAACAGAGUAAAAUAAAAUAAAUAAGUAAAAGCAUUUUAAGAAACACACAGUUCUAGAAAGAGCUAAGCGUCACACGCUACACGGAACAGGUGUGUUUUCAGACGACAUUUAAAAACAUUUAAUUCAGAAAUGGACCGUAAGUGCGAUGGAAGAGAGUUCCAAAGCUUAGGGCCAAGAACGGCAAAAGAGCGGUCACCAUACUUUCUAUAUCUUGCCCUGGGGACAACCAAGGAGGUUUGCUAGACGAGCGUAGUAUCUUGGCAGGUUGGUAAAUUGCCAACAGCUCUGAGAUGUGGGGGGGGCACGCCCGUUUAUGGCCAUAAACACGAACAACAGGACCUUGUACUGGACUCGAAAGCGCACCAGGAGCCAGUGGAGCACUUGAAGGACCGGAGUGAUGUGAGAGUAUUUUGAGGAGUUGGAGAUGAGACGUGCUGUUGCGUUUUGAACCAAGUGAAGUUUAUGGAGGAGUGAGUGAUUAAGUCCAGCGUGAAGGGCAUUAAAAUAAUCAAGCCCUGAGCUGAUAAAAGCGUGAGCAGCCUUUUCCAAAUCUGCCUGGGACAGGAAUGGCUUAACUCUGCUCAGGAGCCUUAGUUGGAAAAAGCUCGCCCUUACAACUGAACUGAUCUGCUUCGUAAAGUUAAGUCCCUCGCCAAAAAUUACACCCAGAUUCCUCACAGCAGAAGCAAAUUGUGGUGUGGAUGAACCAAAAUCAGGGGAACUGCAGGUUGGGUCAGGACUGAAGAGAAUAUAAUCGGUCUUUUCCAAGACAUGACUUUUCUUUUCACCAUGACAAAGACUUAGAUGGUAGCUAACAAGGAGCUUUAAAUUAUGUAACAGUGGCAUUAUAUUGACACAUUCUUUUCUUAUCUGUUUGUAUUCUACGCCUGCUUUGAAGGAAUGUGGUUUUAUCAGCUCAGAGAGGUGAUUUCAUCAAACCGAAGCAGCUUUGGCCUCUGAGAAACUCCUAAAACUGUCCUCGUUUGUUGAGUAAAUUAUGGAAGCGACCGAAGGCUUCACGUCCGUCCUGGCAUUACUGUUGUGUAGCUUGAGCUGCUUGAUUCUUUUGUUCUAUUGUGUUUUACUCUAUUAUGUAGAUCAACAAUGAAGAGCAGUUUUAGUGUCUAUAAAUGUCCUGAGGAAAAAGAAGCACAACCUCUAAAGAUCAUGUAUCAUGACCCUUUUGCUUUUCAGUAGUUUGAUAUUAUUUACUAUGAUAUAUAACAUAUAUAUAUAUAUAUAUAUAUAUAUAUAUAUAUAUAUAUAUAUAAAUGUUAACACAACGAAAGAUGGACCGGUUUUAUAUUAGGUAGCUUUGACAAACACUCCAAGGAAAAGGCAGGAAAAUUUACUGCCAAAAUGUGGUUUUACUCCAUAUUUAACUCCUAAAACAGCGAACCAAUGAAUUAAAUUAUUUAGUUCUACUUUUACAAUCACCUUAACGACAUCUUUGCUUGCACCAGGUUGAAGGAUGUACUUGAAUAAAGUCACAACAGUACUUCUCCCUAUAUUGAAUGUAAUGACAGAAAAAACGACCAAAUUAUACAUGUGUGUUUGUCUAUUGCUGGAUGUUUUUAUUUCAUUGUGUAUUUUGUGCCUGCACGUCUUUGGAUGUAAGUUUUCUUCAUGUCUUUGUGUGAUUUGAAACUUUACCUCAGAACAACUUAACACACCAAAUGAAUUACUUCAUUGGUAAAAAAUGUACAAAAACAACCAGAGUCGUCUGUGUUUAGGAGUUGUGUUGAUAAUGAAAUUAAUAAUAAUAAAUAAUAAUCAUAAUAAAUUACCUUUAAAGAG